CGCGCCAAAAAGUUUCUGGUUACCAUAGUAAAUUUUUUCUCUUCGCUGAUUGGUUUAGAAGGCGAUACUGGAAUUCAAAUUGGAGUGACGUUAGAAAAAUAAACUUUCUAUUCUCUUUCAGUGUUCUCUUAAAUCAUCCUGUUUUUGUUUUCAUUUCAAAGUUUUAUUAAUUAUAUCUUUUAAUUGUUGCUCUAUUAAGUAUACCUACAAUAACAACAUUAUUACAUCAUCGUUUUCAUUAUGGAGACUGUUAAGUCACCAUUGAAAGCUAAUUAUUGUCGACUCCCUGUUAAAUCUAGAGCAGAGAAAUUGUUUGAUCAAUUUGUGACUAAAACCACUUUUGCUGAUCGUUCAAAUGAUCUGAAUUUACUGAGUCAAGAUUCUCCUACCAACCAUAAAGAAGUAAAGACAAGACUCAAGAGAAAAGUCACUUUUGCUACAUAUGCUGGUGAUAAGCAAAGGAAAGAAGUGAAAAAGAAAACCCUUGUUAAAAGAAAGGAGCCCACAAAAUGUACCAAGGAAGCAGUUCUGGAAGCAUUUAUGAACGCUGGGUUACCAGAUUACGAUGAAAUUGCAGCUCUACCAUUAAACAUUGUUGUAUUGAGUGAUGCAAAUAAACAACCCGAAAAAUAUACUGAAAUCAGUCGUAAGCAAAUAGUCAAACCAUUCAUGCCUCUGUUGAAAAAGAUCGAUUCCGCCAGUAAAAGAAAGGAAUCAAAUCCUGCUAUUAACAUUGAAGAACCUUCAUGUGCUGAUAAUGAAGUUUCUAGUGAUCACAUUGAAGAUAGGGAAAAUAAAGAAGAAGCCAGUACUCCGUUACCAAAUGCAAAAGCUCGUCCCAAAUUCGAUGAUAUUUCGUGUAUAAACGCUAACAAUACCCUUGAUCCGAAUAUGGAUCAAGAUGUGUCAUUUACAACACCAAAGGUACCACCACCAGCUAAGAAAAAGCCAUGGAACGUUGCUGACCGUAGAGGAACCCAACUAUUACCUCCUCAUCCCGUAGUCUUUGAUGAACCAUUAGUUAUUUCUAAUACAUCCAUUGAUGUAUCGAAUGACCAACCUUUGAAUUGGUCAACUGUACAUAGUUUAGCUAAAAUGGACGAUUCAGUGCACAAUGUUUUCAGUAUUGAUACUAAAGCUAAUUUGGCCACAAAAAUUCGUGAAUCUCUCGGAAGUUUAAAGUCCAACAUGAAUGAGGCAGAAUACCCUCGUGGUUCUGUUAAUUUUUAUCGACGCAGUAUUGUCGACACUGCAAAUGUUCUCCGUGCUCUAGGAAAAUCUUGUCGAACUAUUGUGCGAGAGCCUUCCCGGCGAAUAACCAGAAAAAGGAAAGAAUCCCUCGCAGAAAAUCAAACGGUUAACUUUCUGGUUGCAUUUGACAAAACUAUCAUAGAAGACGUUGAUGUUCAUCUACCUCUGACCACGAAAGAGAAAGUGUUGGCUCUUUGCAACCCACCUCAAAUUACAACAUUCAAUAACGUUCUUAAUCAUAGUUUAAUGAAAUCAAUAUGUAAAAUUGGAGAAGGAUCUUAUGGAGAAGUUUUCAAAUCAAAGACUGAGGAUGAUAAAGAAGUAGUCAUAAAAGUAGUACCGCUUGUACCUACAACUUCUGUCGAAGAUGAUUUAUGGGCACAAGUUCUACCAGAACUAGUUAUAUCGCUCACAUUUAGUGAUUUAAGAUCAGGAUUACGAAAUCAAACACCUAAUUUCGUAAACACCUUCCGAGCUUCUUGUGUAAAUGGAUCCUGGCCUAAAGAAUUAGUCAAAGCUUGGAACGAAUAUAACAAGUUGAAAAAAAGCGAAAACGAUCAUCCAGAUAAAUAUGGACCGAACUGUAACUGGCUCAUAAUACUUUUAAAUAACGGUGGAAUCGAUCUUGAAAAUCAUAAAUUCAGCUCUGCAGUGGAAUCUCUCAGUGUUAUAUUACAAACAGCUCUCUCUUUGGCUGCCGCUGAAAGUGAAUUCGAGUUUGAACACAGAGAUCUUCACACAGGCAAUGUUUUGAUAAUGCCUUGUUCAGAAUCUAUGCUCGAAUACAAAAUUGAUGGUAAAAACAUUAUGCUUCCUUCUGUCGGUCUCAAAGUUUCAGUCAUUGACUUUACUUUAGCUCGAAUGGCUAAAGAUGGUUACACUGUUUAUGAUGACCUUUCCAAGUAUGAAGAUCUUUUUACUGGAACUGGUGACUAUCAAUUCGAGAUAUAUCGCUUAAUGCGCAUUGCCAACAAGAAUAAUUGGAAAGUGUUUACUCCUUACACUAAUAUUCUUUGGGUCCAUUAUUUGACAUAUAAACUUACAAAGGAUAAAAAAUAUAGAUCAAGGAGUAAGGCUCAUCAUGCGGCAAUGAAAGCUUUGAAACAUCUUCAUAAUCUUCUUUUGGACUACAAAUCGACCAAACAAUUCGUUCAAAGCCCAUAUUUUAAUGAACUCUUCUCUAAACUGUCUUAAUAGUAUUUUUAAAGCAAACUUUUUAAUAUGAACACAACAUUAUUUAAAUGCUAAAAAGAUCUUUUGUAAAUUACUAAACUUGACUAUACAAUAUAUGUUGUCCUAAAAUAAUCAGAUACAUUUUCUCCCCGUCCAUUUCGAUUAAGGCAUCCAAACGUCAACUGGUCGUGUUUUGUACUUUUUUAGUUUCCUCCAGUACUUUUUCUGUGUUCGACGCUGUUCAUAUCGAUGCAAUUUACCAACCAUUUUUAUGAAAGCGUCACUGAAAAGAUAAGGAAAUGGAUGCUUUUUGGUGGCAUAAAUUGUGUCCAUCUCUUUCAACUUAUCGUACAUAACAUCUGCAGAGGAUUCUUUCCCUUCCCAAUCUUGGUGGGCCUGUUGAAAUAACACAAAAAAUAAACUUUUUGACUAUAUUCACUGAACACAAAAGGUAAAAUUGGUUAAUUGUAGCACUCAAAAUUACUUAAACAUCACGACAUCGAGAAUUUUUCAAAGCUUACUUUAAAAUCCUGAUAUGACGGGCCAACUAUUAUUAUCGACGCUACAUUUGAUGGUCGUUGGUUUAAACCAAUACUUAAUAGUAACAACAUUAUUAUCAAGUAUCUCAUUUCGGACACUAAAGCUGUUGAAAUUAAAACUAUAAAUCAAGUCGAUGUGGCUCAAACUGUUUGAUCAAACUGGAGACUAUCUAAAUACUACAUUAAUCUCACCAAAUAAAAUCAAAACUCUGGUUGAACAAUUUGGAUAAGUUA